CCAGCCAACCAGAAGUGUUUCAACCCGAGUAGUUUUUGUACUUGUUUUGUGCAGAACACGUUUGUUUCACGUUACCUCUUUAGCAAUGGCUUUGUUGGAAGCUCUUAUCCUGCAACCUACAACUGCAGCCAUCACGCUUGGUCUUGUGUUUCUCCUGAUUGUUUAUUUUCUAUCGUUUAACGCCAGUUCUAAGCAAGAAAACAAGGAGCCUCCGGGUCCUAAACCACUACCUGUUCUGGGAAACAUGCUGCAGCUGAACCUCAAGAGACCCUACCUGUCACUAUGGGAAAUGUCAAAAAAAUAUGGAUCAGUAUUCACUGUGUAUUUUGGGCCUAAGAAAGUUGUUGUCUUAGCUGGAUAUCAAACCGUCAAACAAGCACUUGUAAAUAAUUCAGAGGAUUUCGGAAACAGAGAUAUCAGUCCCAUUUUCUUUGACAUCAGCAAAGGACAUGGAAUUCUGUUUAGCAAUGGUGAAAGCUGGAAAGAAAUGAGACGAUUUUCUCUCACCACUCUUCGAGACUUUGGGAUGGGCAAAAGAGGGAGCGAGGAGAAAAUCAUAGAAGAAACACACUACUUGAGGGAAAUGUUGAAAGAUUUACAGGGGAAACCAUUUGAUACUUCACAGCCAUUAAAUUAUGCCACCUCAAACGUCAUCUCUGCCAUUGUCUAUGGAAGCAGGUUUCAAUACAGUGACCCUCAGUUCAAAGAAAUGGUUAAGCGGGUCAACGAUAACAUCAAGCUUGGUGGCUCACCUUCUAUACAGAUCUAUAAUAUGUUUCCAUGGCUUGGAGGUUGGCUAAAGGACCGGAAACUUAUGAUGAUAAAGUUUGCUGAAAAUCUAAAACAAAUAAAGGAUUUGGUCAUGAACUUGGAGGAGACUCUAAAUCUUGAGGAAACCAGAGGCUUGGUUGACUCUUUUCUUAUACGCAAAAAGAAUUCUGAGAAAGCUGGAGAUAAAGACACCUUCUUUCAUGAAGAGAAUCUCAUUCUAACUGUCUCCAACCUGUUUGCUGCUGGUACUGAUACCACUAGCACAACACUACGCUGGUGCCUUCUGCUUAUGGCCAAGUAUCCUCAGAUUCAGGACCAUGUCCAGGAAGAGAUUGAUAGAGUCCUUGAAGGUCGUCAGCCAGUGGUGGAGGACAAAAAGAAUUUGCCUUACACAGAUGCAGUGAUCCAUGAAACUCAGAGACUAGCUAACAUAUUACCCAUGAGUAUCCCCCACACCACUUCUUGUGAUGUUACAUUCCAGGGCUUCUUCAUCAAGAAGGGUACCUGUGUGCUUCCUCUUCUGACAUCUGUGUUGAAAGAUGAGACUCAAUGGGAGAGCCCACAGACCUUUAACCCGGCACAUUUCCUAGAUGAGCAAGGCCGAUUUGUUAAGAAUGAUGCCUUCAUGCCUUUUUCUGCAGGACGCAGGGUGUGUUUGGGAGAGAGUCUGGCCAGGAUGGAACUCUUUCUCUUCUUCACCUCCUUACUGCAGCACUUCCGCUUCACUCCUCCACCAGGGGUGUCUGAAGAUCAGCUGGACCUCACUCCAGCUGUGGGCUUUACAUUAAACCCCUCUCCCCACAAGUUGUGUGCAGUUAGCCGUGCAUUGCAUGAGUGAAUAUAUAUUCUUAGGACCCAAUAAAGAAUAUUUUUACAUAAUUUACAUUGUACUCAAAUAUUAUAGUAGUACAAUCUUUUCUGAUGAACACAAGGAUUUAUGAUUUAAUAUGAUAUUUUAUAGUGUCUAAAAAUGCUGGUUCAUGCAUUCUGCAGUAUGCAUCAAGCUAAAGUGAUCUCUUAUGUUUUUUGUCGAAUAUGGAGCAUUAAAUGUAAAAGUGAUUAAUGUUA